CUAGGGCCGGCCUGUGUGUCCGCUAGGGCUACAAAUCUAUGCGAUCAGGUUCCUAGCCGGCUGCUUUUUGGCGCCCGGUCCUCAGCAUGGCUGCCUCCAGGGUUGAGGGCUGGGGAGCUGCCACACCCUCGUUUUGCUGACGGUCCUUGGAGUCUGUGUUCUUCUUGUCUUUCCUGGGCCACCCUAGCAGACAUGUUCGCUAAGGCCUUUCGAGUCAAGUCCAACACGGCCAUCAAGGGAUCGGACAGAAGAAAACUUCGGGCUGAUGUGACAGCUGCUUUCCCCAGCCUUGGAACAGAUCGGGUCUCUGAGUUGAUACCUGGAAAGGAAGAGCUAAACGUCGUGAAGUUGUAUGCUCACAAAGGGGAUGCAGUGACUGUGUACAUGACUGGUGGUAACCCCAUCCUGUUUGAACUGGAGAAAAAUUUGUAUCCAACAGUGUACACACUGUGGUCCUAUCCUGAUCUCCUACCAGCCUUUACAACAUGGCCUCUGGUACUGGAAAAACUGGUCGGGGGAGCAGAUUUGAUGCUGCCAGGGGUAGUGGUGCCCCCUACUGGUCUGCCUCAGGUGCAGCAAGGUGACCUCUGUGCCAUUGCCUUGGUGGGGAACAGGGCUCCUGUAGCAGUCGGAGUGGCUGCCAUGUCCACAACUCAGAUGCUGGCUUCAGGCCUGAAGGGAAAGGGCUUCUCUGUGCUCCACACUUACCAGGAUCACUUGUGGAAAUCUGGAGACAAGUCCUCUCCACCUGCCAUUGCCCCAUUGGCAGUGAAUCCCACAGAUAGCAAUGAAGAGAAGGUGGACCUUGGUCUGCAUGGAAACCUGAGCAGCCUGACCCUGGAGGGAGAGGAGGAGAAGAGGAAGGUUCAUCACCCAGAAGCCUCUGAAGACACCAGCUCCGGAGCCCUGAGCCAGGGUUCCUUGGAUGGCAAGCCUCUUCAAGAGCAAAUGGAUGAUCUGUUACAUCAAUGCUUCCUGCAUGCCUUGAAGAGUCGAGUCAAAAAAGCUGACCUCCCUUUGCUCACCAGCACUCUCCUUGGCAGUCACAUGUUCUCUUGCUGCCCCGAAGGACAGCAGCUGGAUAUAAAGAAGUCAAGCUAUAAAAAGCUCUCUAAGUUUCUGCAGCACAUGCAGCAGGAGCAGAUUGUCCAGGUCAAGGAGCUGAGCAAAGGGGUGGAGAGCAUUGUGGCCGUGGACUGGAGGCACCCGAGGAUCACAUCCUUUGUCAUCCCUGAGCCUUCCCUGACUUCCCAGACUGUCCAGGAGGGUAGCAGGGAACAGCCCUAUCACCCUCCAGAUAUAAAAUCCCUCUACUGUGUCCCAGCCAGCAUGACCCAGCUCUUCCAGGAGUCUGGCCACAAGAAGGGGAGCACCCUUGAGGGCAGUGAGGUCCGCAGGAUCGUCAUUGACUAUGCCAAGAAGAACAGCCUGGUGGAUGCAGACAACAGGAAUCUGGUGAAAUUGGAUCCUGUCUUAUGUGACUGCAUCUUAGAGAAAAACGAACAGCACUCGGUCAUGAAGCUUCCGUGGGACUGUCUCCUGACCAGGUGUUUGCAAAAUAUGCAGCCUGCCUACCAAGUGACGUUUCCUGGACAGGAGCCCAUUCUGAAGAAAGGGAAACUCAGUCCAAUUGACAUCACCCUUGCCCAGAAGGCUUAUAAUAAAAAGGUGACUGUGGUCCGGAACUUGGAGACCUAUGGUCUUGAUCCAUGCUCAGUGGCUGCCACUCUCCAGCAGCGGUGCCAGGCCAGCACCAUCGUCUCUCCUGCCCCUGGGGCCAAAGACAGUCUGCAGGUGCAGAUCCAAGGGAACCAGAUCCACCACCUUGGCCAGCUAUUGCUCGGUGGGAACAUCAAGACCAAGGCAUUUACCAACUGUCCUGAUACUCUCAUCAGCAUGUGCAGAACAGACCAGAAACCAACCCCACACCUGCCCUGCCAUGUCCUCUCUGCAUCACCAUGCUGCAUUCUCCUCAUAUAGUCCCGAUUUCUCCUUCCCAACUCCAGGAAGACGGAGGAAUGCAGUGUGAGUGAAGUCCACAGCCCUUGCGGUGCGGCACAUGGUGGAUUCUGAGAGCUACACAGUCUUUUCAGUCAGUUCUCUGGAUUUCUCUUGUAUUCACUGUCACUUUCCAGUUUUGUCUUCAAGCUGCCCUGAGUGGCUUGGAUUAUGGGAGCUGGUUGGUGAAAAUUCUCCCAGAAUUAUCCCGAUCUUAGAAAUCCAGCAGACUUCGGGCCAACCUUGGUUAUCUCUGGUACCCAGAGAGAGAUGGCUUUGACAUCAUCUGACACCUGCUCUUGGGUUUGGUUGGGGAAAUUUUACAACGGGUCCCACAUCCCACUGCCACCGCCACCGCCAGAGCUCGUCCCUGACCUUCCCCUUCAACACACCCGUUUCCAGGGUUUCAUCACACUGACAGCGUGCCAGUGCAUCUUCCCACACUCCAAUCCCAGAGAGCACAGGAAACUGCAGACUCCAUGGUUGCCAGGAGAAGUGGGCACUGCUGAGCCUAUGGCUCCACCUUCCCAGCGCUCCACCAAGGCAAGGCAACAGCCUCUUUCAUUACAGGCACUUGCCAGAGUCUGCUCCCUGUGCACUCUUCACCCACAGCUCCUGAUGGCAACACCACUGUGCUGGGUGUUUCACAUGCCUUCCCUGACAUACUACCUAUGUUCUUUCUAUUGCCAGACCCUCCCGCCCAUGUGCCCAUGCCCACUGCUAGUAUGAAUGAGAAUGAAGUCCACCUAAGCCUGGAGUUCUCAGUUGACCAUGUGGUCACCCUAGGGCAGCCUUUCUGCUACAGGGAUUAGCUCCCCACCCCGCCGGUAAUGGUCACUGCAUCUUAACACUGCAGGCCUGGGAUGAACAGCUGGGAAAUCAAGACCCCACCUGUGGGACACUCAUCUAAGCUGGCCUGAUCAGUGUGUCCAGCUCUGGGGGUCCCAGUGGGUCUUGCAUCCUCCCUGAAGCUGGCAAGGAGGGACUUCUAACACCUGGAAUGGGAGGGUGCUGGUAGGAUGUUGGGGCCUAUCAGGAUGCCCUCUUAGAUCUCUGAAUUGGACCUUGCUGGCACCUCUCCUGAUGGCUUGACGUGAAUAAGCCACGUGAGCCUCUUCAUUUAUUGUUGACUCGUUCAUCUGGGGACUUCCAAACUGGAGCCUCUCAUUUGUCCUCAUUCUGGGACUCUCCAUUCCCAGUCUCCAUACGCUGGGCACAUAUCUACAGACCAGAUGUACCUGGCUGUGGCCCUCUCAUUUCUAGCCCGAAUGAGCAGCUAUAUGGCUGCUGUUUUAUACUUCCUUCUGCCCAUCUCUAAGGCAGGCAGACUGUCAUUCCUAGCACAUUCUUGUGGUGGUAUUGUGUUCCCCAAAAUAUUGUGCACCCUAAUA